AUGCAAAACAUUUAUUUCCUCUUGCUUUCUACCCUUCCCUUUGGCACCGUCCUCCCCGCUGCUAAUGAAAAACACUGCUUUGCAUUAACUUCUCCUCACCACUGGGCAAGAUCUGGUGAACAUUCCAACCUGAAAGGCGAACCAAGAGGAACUUCCUUGUUUUCUGAAAUGCUGGGAUACACAUUCCAAACAAAAGGACAAAACGCACAACUCCCUACAGCUACAGCCAGCAUUGCAGGUGCUUUAACUGGAAGCAGAGAAGAGGAAAGUCUUCUGCAAGUGGAGGACGGCAAGAGGUCUCUUUUCAUGGAGUCAGCUAAAGAGGUGACCAAAAAUGAAAACGAAGAUGAUUCACUGCUUUCAGCUUCUACACCAUUUGUCGUGUCCUUUAAAACCAGCAGCCUCCCCAUUUGUGCUACAUCACGUAACUGUUUCUUAAGACGAUGA